UGUGUGAGUUGAGUUUGUGUCGGUGGGCAAUCUGGGCAUACGGCUCGUUGCUUGGUUGCUCUUCACACACUCACACUGGAUUAGAGAUCAUCUCACCGAGUUUUGUCGGCUGGGAGGAGUCGCGUGGCGUGGCGUCUGCUAACCCACACACGGACAUUUUGACUUCAUAAACACCUUCCCCGGUAAUUUAUGACUAAUAAGGACAAAAGGACGGAGGAGUUUCACCGUGGGAAUGACGGAGCCGCAGACAAACGCUUGGCACUAGUCUCGGCCAAAGCAAGGGAGAUAACGUUACAUCUCCUAACUGGCUGGCAUUGCGAGCAACCUGAGGACUAAGUCUUGGAUCUAGGAAGGUUUCUGCUUUAAAUUAAGGCAUAUCUCAGGGUUGGUGUGCAUGCGCCUAGUUUUAAUGUAUCUAAACAAUAGGCAGUUUUGAAAGGGGAAGUAAGAUCUUGUAAUACACGCUUCCCUUGUGUUUACACAGUCAGCCGGGAGGAAAGCUCGAGUCCUGUUUUAUACAGCUGAACGCUUCUAAGCAGAGAAGAGUCUCUAAAUAAUUAGCUCUUUGCCGUUGCGUGUUGUUUAAACCCUUCGUUUUUACUUAACAACCAGCUUUCGGUUUCUCUCCAGGGCACUGCAGGCGGUUUAAACAACUAAUCGCAUUUAGCUCCAUAUCACUAUGGGUGAAGGACGAUAGAUGAGCAUUUUCCAAGGAAGAGCAGAUUUAUGUGUCGCUUGUUUAAACCCCGACUGAAGUUUUAAACUAGUUUUAGUUUGGAGUGUGUUAUCGCCAUAAAGAUUAUGGCUGCCGUUGUGAAUUACUCUCCUCCGUGGUGGGUUAACCUGAUGCACAGACUGCCUCACUUUAAUCUGCAAUUUGAACAAACCAGCAGUGAUUUUCGCCCAGAGGACUCGUCAUACCAGCAGUCCAUCCUGCUGUUGGGCAGUGUAGCUCUGGCAUGUUUGGCUUUGGACCUCCUCUUCCUCCUCAUCUACUCCUGCUGGCUGUGUUGUCGCCGUAAGAAGAGCGACGAGCAGCCGAACGCAGACUGCUGCUGCACCGCCUGGUGCGUCAUCAUCGCCACCCUCGUCUGCAGCGCCGGCAUUGCUGUUGGUUUCUACGGGAACGGAGAGACCUGUGACGGCGUGAAUCGACUUACUUACUCCCUCCGCCAUGCCAACCGCACCGUGUCAGGAAUACACCGACUGGUGUCAGAAAGUACAACUGCUCAGAGCCAGACUGUGGACGAGAAUCUUCAGCUAUUAAAGGACCAGUAUGCAAAGCAUACAGACUACCUGUCCAUCAUACAGAAACUCCAGUCUCAGCGGGGUGAGCUGGUCCGUCAGAUGGCUGACAUUCCUUUUUGGAACAAUCUCAGCAUCUCCCUGGAGGAUCUGGCAACCCAGAUUGAACUAUAUGACUGGUACAGGUGGCUGGGCUACCUGGGUCUGCUGCUGUUUGAUGUGCUUAUUUGCCUGCUGGUGCUCUUCGGUCUCAUUCGCAACUCCAAAGGAACUCUGAUUGGGGUGUGUUUUCUGGGUGUGUUGGCGCUGGUGAUCAGCUGGGGCUCACUUGGUCUAGAACUGACUGUCUCCUCGGGCUUCAGUGACUUCUGUGCGGCACCUGACAUGUACAUUACCAAGGUGUCAGAGCAGUACUCCCUUAUCAAGAAAGAUAUCCUGCAGUAUUACCUCACAUGUAACGUGGGUCAGAUCAACCCCUACCAACAGAAGAUGUCAGGAAGUCACAAAGCACUGGUGGAAAUGCAGGACGACGUCUCAGAACUACUGCGCUCUGCAGUCCGAGAAUACCCCAACACUAAGGGAAACCUUGAGCAGAUUCAGGGGGUUUUGAACACCACUGAGGUUGGACUGCACCAGCUCACUGCCCUCGUGGACUGCCGCAGUUUGCAUAUGGAUUAUGUGCAGGCAUUGACCGGAGUGUGUUAUGAUGGGCUGGAGGGUCUGAUCUACCUGGUGCUGUUCUCAUUCAUCACUGCUCUCAUGUUCACCUCGGUCAUCUGCAGCGUGCCGCACACAUGGCAUGGCAAAAGGCCUGAAGAAGACAGUGAGGAGGAGUCCGUGGCUCAUGGAGGCAGACAGAAUCAUGAUAACCUGUACCGAGUGCACAUGCCAAGCCUCUACAGCUGCGGCAGCAGUUACGGCAGCGAGACCAGCAUCCCUGCAGGAGCACACACCGUCAGCAACGCUCCCGUCACGGAGUACAUGACCCAGAAUGCAAACUUCCAGACCCCUCGCUGUGAGAACACUCCUCUGAUCGGGAGAGAAUCUCCUCCUCCAUCUUACACAUCCAGCAUGAGGGCCAAGUACCUGGCAAACGCCCGACCCGACCCCAACAGCAGCUCCGCAGCAAACUAGAGGAACACUGUCUCCUUUCCCUUCAGUCUAAAGCCACCCCUCAUCCACAUCCUCUUCCCGCAGCCCAGACAAGUUUCACCCUUUUAGCCAUGUUGAUCUUUGAUGCGUGCUCUCCUACCCAGCUGAUAAAGGACGUCCUUGCAUCAUGUAAAUACUGCUGUCAGAGGAAUGAUCCAGAGGCCUCUUGCGCUGUUUCCAGUUGGCCGGUUCAGUUCAGGCAGCUAGUUCGGCGUGGCGGCAGCAGAAGUGUUACUCUCAGCCCUGAGUGUUUGUGUGUGUGAGCAUCUGUGAUGAGUAUGAACUACAUUACAUACAGAUACAUUGAGUGAUGUGUGUGUGUGUUGAUCCAUGCUGCCCUUGCUCAGUUGUGGUGCUCUUGCCAGAGGUUCAGAAAGGUCCAGAACUGAAAAACUGGACAGGGUUUAAUGCCCAUAACCCUACAUUCCCGUGUGGCCUCUGUCCUCUGGUCAUUUGAAGUAAUGUGACCUUCUCCACUUGCAGGACCAACUGCCACGUCCAACUCUAUACAGUUUACAUCAGUGGCAUCUACUGUAAUAUAACUGGACCAAUCUAAUCUUAAUAGCGUGAGAAACUCUUAAGCAUUGAGAAUUUCCGUAGAACUCUUGUUUUGGGCUUGGAUAGCAGUUUUUAAGUUGACAAAGUGGGAUGAUAGCUAUUUUAAUGAAAUGGUGUGAGAAAUUAGACCAGAUACAUGCUCUACGCUAGUACAGAAAUGCAGUAUAAAUGUAUUGUACAUCCUGUGGCCGCGGCGCUAACCUUCAUUCUCAAGGGGGUGAUACAGAGCCAUUUGUUGUUGUUUUUUUAAUUAUUAUUAUUUAUUUUGGGCGUUAGCUGAGUUCUGAAAUUGCCUCCUAUACACUCAUUCACUAUUGACUUCAGUGAAUAAUGAGAGUGAAUUUGGACGCUUGCUGAAGACGCAAUCUUCUGUCGAGACGCAGAAGUUCAUUUGGAACAACACUUGUACUUGUUUUCUAGUGGCUGUUGAUUGUACUUCGGUUGCAGUGCAUUAUGGGAUUGAAUGAGUGCAUUCAAUAAUGUUCACUAUAUAAGGCUAUAGGGGGUGAUUUCAAACAGCCCAAUUUUCUCCUCAAAAAGUUGCUUUGUUAUGGACCGUAAUGGAUCUUAAAGAUAAAAAAUUUAAAUAAGAUAGUUGCGUUGCGAGUUGCAGUAUGACGCAUGAAAUCAAGCAUUUGCGUUUCUGUACUUGUGUAUAGUAUGUUUCAGGUCUAAAUCUGUGGUUGUGGGAAGAAUGGAUCCUUUCAUCUCAUUUAAAAGCUUGAGUUUUUUGUGUGAAAUUAAGGUUUGUAGAUGCUGUGUAGCUAAUGAAAUCCUUGUUGGGGGGUUUUUCCUCAAAACACAUGGGCUGCAUUAAACAAACUUCUCAUUUAACUUGGCUAUAUCCACUGCCAUUGCUGGAAAACCUGGAAAAACGAGAGAAUUUCACAUCAAACGACCAAACCCCGAUGAUCUGGAUUUUGAUCAAACCCUGAUGAUUUGGACAACCUCAAACUGCAUUUGCAUCCGAAUAUUUUUCAAGAAUGAAUCUAAUUGCUUUGUAUGGUGCUGGGACCUUAUCUGAACAUUAUUUUGUCCUAAUACUGUACAAACACAGAGACACUGGGACCAGCUCAAAGAGAGGCUGGGAGAGGAGGUCGUUGUACUGUACACAAUGUAAACAACAUUUGAACCUUAAUUUUGCUGAUCGGUUGAGUCCUCAGGGAGGGGGCCACCAAUAUGGCGGGAAGUGAAGUCAUCAUCAGUGGCCUGUCUUGUUUUUUCUUCUCAAAGAAACAGAAGAGAAGACCGCACGCCUCAGUAACUUUUGCUGUAGUUCAGUGUGACUUUCAAAGCCCACAAUUUCCUGGGCUUGUUGCUUCUGCACCACAAAUUGCUUCUAUUCCCAGAGUUGAGAGGAAUCUUGCCAUCCUUGAAGAAGACAUAAGUGAUGUGCUGUCAAAAUGGAUAUUUUCUCCUUGAUGAGAGCACAGAGGCACAUGAGACAAGGCCAACAGAUGGCAUCUGAUGUGGGUGAACUCCCUUGUCUCCUCAGAUGACCUCUCUCUGGUGCUCUGGACCUCAUAUAAGAGCAUUGGCAUCAUCUGUCUCACAUUCACACACCUCAGGACCACAUUCUUCCCUCACACUGCCAACGUCUGGAUUUCAGGGCUUCUAUUAGUCAAACAUUUUAUUAAUAUAUAUUUACAUUUUAGAUAUUGUUCACAUUUACACACACAGAGAGAACAAAGACAGCUCUAAAUUAAUAAGUCUCAUGCUGACCCCGAGUCCUGAUUUUCCAUCUCAUGCAUGCUUUGAAAAUGCGGAUGUGGGACUUAACAAAUGCCAAUGUGACAAAGUCGCUCAAAGACUCCCGGACUUUUAUGGAAACAAGCAAGAAUUUGUUUUCAUGGUGAAGAGAAUUAAAGGGAUGUAUCACAGCUAUAAACAAACAGCUCAUUAUUUGACUGAGUGUUUUAUUUUCUUUCUUUUUGUUCUUUUUCUGCUUCUCAAAGCAUGGUCAUCCUAUAAAUGUGGAGUGGAGCCCAUGUUGUGUGCUACUGACGCUUGCAUUGGUUUCUCGGUUGAUGCUUAUUUUUGAUCAAUGACGAGGUCUGUACAUCCUUGACUGUGACAAUAACCAACAGCUUUGUACCUUCUGUGAAUCUCUAAAUGUGUUUCAUGUUUAAAGUGGACUUUUUCUCUCGUGAGCUCUGCGUGGCCUGAGCAACCAAAUGAGACGCCUGUGAACACGAGCCUGACGUUGUGGGAGUAUCUUUAUUUUUCUCUGUAAAUGACCACGUUUGUGAUGAUGCGAUCUCUGAAUUUAUGUCACCAUUUACUCCUUGGUAAUGUCUUACUGCAAAAAUAAUGUAUUACAGUACAUUAAGGAAAUACCCAUUAAGGACAUGGAAUUGUUAUAGUACAAACUGAUCAUUUUCAUUAUCUUUCCUUUUUUUAGUCUGGUAUAUUUUUAGACAUAUUAGCAAGCACAAAAUAUUUUGUCUCUUUCAUGCGAAUAAAUGAGUUUGGUCUUUUAUCGAGAUGUUUUUAUAUGACUUCACUGUAGGAUGACUUUUUUCAGUUACUAAAAUGUUGUAAAUGUUUUAUUGAGCUUGAACUUUAAGAUUAAACCUAACAUUAACUGA